AUGCGUGUCACUGCGAUCGGCUGCAGCAGCGAGGAGCUACGCACGUUGCUAGAUUUCCCCAGAUUGGCUAUUCCUGCCCGAAACUGUUUCAGGGCGCCGUCGCCUGGCGCGGAUGACCCGGGUAUCGGCUUGUAGCUAUGGGCAAGCCCUUCAAUUCAAGCCGCACAGCAAGCUCUACCUCUCAGCAGUAGACAAGCUACAUCGUAUCGCACGAUCUCGCUCUCAAUCAGAUACUUCGCUCUCAAUCGUGCGUAUAUGUUGAUAGACGCUGUUUCCCGUUCCCAUCCUCAUCCUUCUUCCAACGAAUUCUCACAUAAAAUAACUUUUUUGCAUCAUCAGGGUUUGGUGUACAGAUACAGAUCGGUGCAUUGGCCUGCUGGACUGCUCUGUUGUUGCGAAAAACUAGGAACUAUUGGCACACUCCGGCGCAUUGAGAAGAACCUUAAUCUAAGGCUCCUGCUGCAGGUAGCUCGGCCUUGCGGCAUUACCGCUCUCACACCGUACAGUAGCGGCUACGGUUUAAGAGAGGGUCGGUACAAACAAGCCAAUUUCACUCUCUUAAAUCCGGCUUUCUGUUAUAUCGUGUUGGCUACGGUAUAAGAGAGAAUUCUCUUAAACAGUAUCUCACUAUAAGAGAAUAUUCUCUUGUAUCAUAGACAAAACUAAAGGUCGUGAAACAGGGACUCUCGCGCACUGACUACACUCGAAUGCCAAAAUAGGUCAUGAAGAGAGCGUAUCAU